UGGCUCAAAGUGGAAGGCUCAUUGGCCGGGGACUCUAGGCAAUGGAGACACUUGGGCAGCUUCCGGAACAUGAGGUCGUGGUAGUGAACACCUUCUUGGAGGUCAAGGAGAAGAGACGGAAGGGCUUGGAACGUGCUGGAACUGCUCCGGCUCGUACCUUGGGAUCGCUCCAAGACGAGCUCGAAGACGAGGAGCUCGGUGAGGAGCCGAAGGAAGACGGGCUCGAAGACGAGGGGCUCGUCGUCUCGCAUACGACACCGGAGACGCCGGAGCAGACGCCGGAGCAGACGCCAGAGCAGAAACCUGCCGAGAAGGAGGACUGCGACGGAAAGAAAGCCAGAGGAAGUCGAAGACGACCGAGCUUACAGAGGUUUGACACGCCCGACCUGUGGGAGCAACAACAAAUCCUUCUCGGAGAAUUUCCUGUGCCACAGUCGCCAGAAGAGCCAACAGUGGCACAGGCUCAUGCCGUUGCGAGUCUGCCUGAGGAGGUGGCAGCUGCGGCAUCACCUCCCACGAUCAACUACACCCCAGCGCCAAGCUCCUCGCAAGCGACGCCAGCGAUGCCUCAGUUGCCGCCACAGGUGGCCAUGCUCCUCAUGGCGCCGGUGGCAUGCCCAGUGCAAGUGACGCCCGUUGGAUCGCCCUGCCGAACGUCGCAGGCGGAGUCGGAGCCUCCCCGGGUGUUGCUCGGGAGGACGUUAUCUCCGCGUCCCGAGGACGAACCUCGUGAGAAGCCGAGGAUCGAUGCCGCCCCUGACCCCCGGCGUUGGUCGGCUUCGCUGAAACCUCGUGGAGGGACGACCGCGGUGUCACCGCGCACCAUGCGACCGCGCCAAGCGACUCCCGGAAAAACAAACAUCUUAGGCCAGCUACUUGGGAGCCAUGCGCUAGUGCAAGUCAUCCAAAGACAUCGUCGUCCGACGUGACGUGCAAAGAGAGAAAACACAGCAGAAAACACCAAGUCUUUCACACCACCGCAGCGUCACCAUGAACGUCCAUCCGACGGGUCUGGGUCACCUAGCUGGACGACCGUCGACACUGGGCGUUCGGCGUUGGCCAUCGCCCAGGCCCACACAGGAGACGAGCCAGAGUGGUCCGCUGCCGCCCGGUGCCUUGGAGCAAAGCAGCACGGCCAUCGGCAGCGAACGGAUUCGCUGGUGCGUCGACGGGCAAAAACUGGAGUCGCACGCCGAGAAGCUGAUCAGCCCGGAGUUUAAGCUCUAUAUUCCUGGAACUGGCGAGAGCCAACCCUUCCGCAUCAUGAUCCUGGCGAAUGAGACCGGGGGCAAGCAUGGUGCUGGCUUCAAGAAGGCCAAGGGUCGAGGGAACAUCGAACUCAAAUGCUUCGGCUCUGUAGAGGGCGAACACAGCACUUCGAUGCUGGUGACGGUGGGCAGUGGUGGUCGAAAACAGAAAGCGCGGGAGCCGGUGCGGCAUAGCUUCGCGGAGAAGAGUUGCUGCCUGUUGCCGAAAGGGCGGGAUCCUGCUUGGGAUCUCAAAGCAGCAUUGUGCAAAGAGACGAAGUGUGUCGAGCUUUGUAUAGAGGUUCUACCGGAAUAAUUCGCCUAGAGAUGCACCUGCGAAAGACAGGAGGCCUUAAGCAAAAUUCGUGGUUUCACCCGGAGAAAGAGCCAGAAGGUAGCGAGCCAGCCGUGUUUAGUGUUAUCCCAAAAGUGCGUUCGAGUGCGUUCUUCGCGUAUGACACUGCGCAGAUGACCAAAGUUCUCAAGACGUCAGAAGAUCGAUUGGACCGAAGAUGGUUCUUCC